AUGUCCAACAUAGAGGGCGGCAUUCCCACCAGCAACGGCGUGCACCCGUCAGAGCCAAUUGAAAAGGUGACGACAAUUCCUAACCCGGAAAACGACCAGUCGGCUGCGUCGGAGCAAUGGCAAGAACAACCUAUGACCAAUGGAACCAAUGGUCAAGAGCGACCUCAGAUGCCAGACCGGGAUUUUGACUCUAGCAUCUCUACCAGCAACGCUGAUUUUGAUGAUUUGAUGCUGUCGACCAACGGCGCGUCCAAUAAUAAGCCCAAUGGAGCGCCUAAUGGAAUCUCCAACGGUUCGGCAAAAAGCUACGCCGCUGUCGCUGCCGAAGCCGACGGCCAAGAUGGCAAGAAUCAAGAUGCAGAUGAUACUGAAAAAAGUUACGCGGACGUUGUCGCAGACCGAGAUGCGAAAGACAGCAGAGGCGGUGAUGACUGGACCUACCCCAAGCUGCCUAUCACCGCCCAGUCCCAGGAUCGCAAGACAGCCAGUUGGCGCGCUGGAGGAAUUCGCUUCGCGCCACUACGAGUGCCCAUGAGGAGACGCUCGCAGACAGCAGCCGUCUUGUUCCAUUGCAUGUCCAUCGCUACGUUGGUUUCGGCCUUUUGGUUGAUUUGUGCCAACCCACUCGCUUGGCCUAUCAUUAUUCCUUACCUCAUCCACCUUGCUCUAUCAACUGCUGGCACCAACGGAAAUCUGACAUACCGCUCAGAAUGGGUUCGAAGUCUGAAGUUGUGGAAGCUUUUUGCAGGAUAUUUCCCCAUGAAGUUGCACAAAACACAUGAUCUCCCCAGCGAUAGGAAGUACAUCUUUGGCUAUCAUCCUCAUGGUAUCAUUUCCCAUGGUGCCUUUGCCGCCUUUGGCACUAACGCCCUUGGAUUCCGUGAGCUCUUUCCUGGAAUCACGAACACACUGCUUACUCUGGACUCCAACUUCCGCCUCCCCUUUUACCGUGACUAUAUCAUGCUUCUUGGUCUCCAGUCGGUCUCAAAGGAGUCGAUCUGGAAUCUUCUCUCCAAGGGUGGGCCUAAGAACGAUGGCCAAAGCCGCGCUGUUACUAUUGUUGUCGGAGGUGCCCGCGAGUCGCUCGAAGCUCAGCCUGGCAGCCUCCGUUUGAUCCUGAAGAGUCGCAAGGGUUUUAUCAAGAUGGCGCUUCGAACUGGAGCCGACCUUGUUCCUGUUAUCGGAUUUGGCGAGAACGAUCUUUAUGACCAAUUGAGCCCCAAGACGCACCCGAUCGUUCACCAGAUCCAGAUGAUCCUUCUCAAGGUCUUCAAGUUUACUCUCCCAGCUCUUCAUGGCCGCGGCGUGCUGAACUAUGACGUCGGACUUAUGCCAUACCGCCGCCCAGUCAACAUCGUGAUGGGACGACCUAUCCGGGUUGAUAGAGCUCACGGACCCCAACCAGCUCAGAAUGAUAUCGACGAGCUCCAUGAACGCUAUGUUCAGGAGGUCGAGAAGCUGUGGGAGACAUACAAGGAUCAGUUUGCAGUAGACCGCAAGGCUGAAAUGGAGUUCAUCGGUUAA